GUUACACCGGUCGAGCGCCUGACUGCAGUCGAGUUGUCUGGCUAACUCUGCCCAGAAUGAAGCAUGGAAGUUGAGAGGAGAACAAGAGUGGUCCUUCUGGCAUGUGGGUCCUUUAAUCCCAUCACCAACAUGCACCUGAGGAUGUUUGAACUGGCUCGAGACUAUCUGGAAGACACAGGUCGCUACAAGGUGGUGAAAGGCAUCGUGUCUGCGGUUGGGGAUGGCUACAAGAAGCAAGGUCUGAUCGAGGCUUUCCAUCGUGUGAAAAUGGCCAGACUGGCAACUGAGAACUCUGAGUGGAUCACAGUGGAUGCAUGGGAGAGCUUGCAGCCUGAGUGGGUGGAGACAGCCAAAGUGAUUCGGCAUCACUAUUCAGAACUAACAGCAGCUGAGCAAAAUGGUGAUCAGGUGGACACUGUCAAGUAUGCCAAAAAGAGACGCAUUGAAGAGAAUUAUGUUGAGAAUGCAUCAUAUCACAACAAAAGAGACGCAACUCAGUUGAUGCUGCUGUGUGGUGCUGAUGUCCUCGAGUCUUUCGGGAUCUCCAACUUGUGGAAGGAGGAAGACAUCUCAGAAAUAGUGGGCCGCUUCGGCUUGGUGUGUAUCACACGCUGUGGCAGCGACCCACACAAGUUCAUCCACCGGUCAGACAUGCUGUGGAAGCACCGCAAGAACAUCCACGUGGUCCCUGAGUGGGUGGCCAACGACAUCUCCGCCACGCACGUGCGCCGGGCUCUGCGUCGCGAUCGAAGUGUUAAAUACCUGCUGCCGGACAACGUGCUUCAUUACAUCCAUGAGCAUCAUCUCUACAGUGCCGAAAGCGAGCAGAACAACGCCGGUGUGGUUCUCGCACCCCUGCAAAGAUACGUAGGUGACCCCUCUGGUUAAAACGUAGACUGCUUUUACAGUGAAAUGACACUAUUUAAAGCUUUUACCAGUGCCUACUCCACAAAACAGUAAUAGUGUCGAUCCUUAAAUUUGGAUAUCCUUCAAAACAAAAUUUCCCAUUGAGAGCAAUUUUAUUUGUUAUAAUUUGUUUAAGAGUCCAAACUGUCAUCAUCAUAGAACCUUUAGCAAUUAUACAGGCAAUAAUUAAUUGCCAUAAACAGAAGUUAGCAAGUCAUUUAUUCACUGCGUCAAUAAUGGACCUCGCACAUCAAUUUUUGACAUGAAUUGUCACACAAAUAUAGAAUGAAAUCAACCACCAAUGCAGUUUUUCCAACAUUUAUUGAGCUAAGGCACAUCAUUUACAUUUUAAAAAAAUUAAUGGAACAUCAUCAAACAAAAAGUCACAAAACUAUAUAAAAAUAAUGAUGAUGUCAACGCACAUUACUCACAAAUUUACAAAGUUUGUACUAAAACUGGGCCUUGUUUAGUUGAACACCUAUUAUUCUGUUGUAUGCAUGCCAACAGGUGGAUACACAGUUUUAUUGUAGGUUGCUGUGAAAAAAUAUUGGCUUCCUUCUCAAAUUCUUAUUUUUGCAUAAUUUCCCCACUUUGUUUAAAGUCAUCAAACAGAUGUAAAUAUCAGACAAAGACAACCCAAGUAAAUGAAAUGAAUGAAUGUAUUCAGGAAAAAAACAAAUUCAAACCUACCUGGUCCUGUAUGAAAAAGUAAAGGCCCCCUAAACCUAAUAACUGGUUGUGCCACCCUCAGCAGCAAAAACUGAAAUCAAGCGUCUUCAAUAACUGGCAAUGAGUCUUUUACAUCUCUGUGGAGAUAUUUCGGCCCACUUUUCCUUGCAGAAUUUUAAUUCAGCAACAGUGGAGGGAUUUCAAGCAUGAACGGCCGGCCUUUUUAAUGUCAUGCCACAGCGUUUCAAUGAGAUUCAAGUCUGGACUUUAACUAGGUCACUGCAAAAUUUUAAUUAAAACAAAUAAAAUAAAAAUUUAAGCCAUUCAGAGGUUAACACGCUGAUGAUAUGUUUUGGAUUAUUGUCCUGCUGCACAACCCAAGCGUGCUUCAGCUUGAGGUCACAAACUGAUGGCUGAACAUUCUACUUCAGGAUUUUCUGGUAAAGAGCAGAAUUUAUGGUUGCAUUAAUCACAGCAAGUCGUCCAAGUCCUGCAGGAGUAAAACAGCCUCAGAACAUCACGCUACCAUCACAAUGUUUGACUGGUGGUAUGAUGUUCUUUUUCAGAAAUGCUGUGUUAACAUUUAUGCCAGAUGUAAUGAGACACACUCUUUCCAAAAACUCCAUAGAAGAUUCUCCCAAAAGUCUUGGGAAUCAUUCAGAUGUUUGUUUACAAAAGUAAGACGAGCCUCGAUGUUCUUUUUGGUCAGCAGUGGUUUUUACCUUGGAACUCUGCCAUGUCAUUUUUGCCCAGUCUCUUCUUUACUGUUGAGUCAUGAACACUGACCUUAGUUCUUUAGAUGUUGUCCUGGGUUCCUUUGUGACAUUAACUGAGGCAAGGGAGGCUUGCAGUUCUUUAGAUGUUGUCCUGAGUUCCUUUGUGGCUUCCUGGAUGAGUCAUUGCUGUUCUCUUGGAGUAAUUUUUGAAGGCCGGUCACUCCUUGGAAGCUUCACCACUGUUCCAUGUUUUCUCCAUUUGAGGAUAAUGGCUCUCUCUGUGAUUUGCUGAAAUCCGAAAGUUUUACAAAUAGCUUUGUAACCCUUUCCAGGCUGAUAGAUGUCAGUUACUUUAUUUCUUGCCUGUUCUUGAAUGUCAUUUUUUCAAAAUUCAUCCUGAUCAUUGUGCAUGUCUGAUCUUUAACUAGAGGAAAUUUUGGUUGUGGUUAUUGCUGCCAAAGGAGGGUCAAGCGGUUAUUAAAUUAGUUCAGUUAAUUCCUCCCCAUGAUCUGACUCCAUUCAAUGACCAAUUUAUGCAGAAAUUUAAGAAUUUCCAAAAUGUUCACAUACGUACCUUUUCCUCCUACUGUAUGAUGAGAUUUCCAAUGCUAAGGAUUCGAAUUUUUCCAAAACUCCCAACUUCAAGGUAUUACUGCAUAUGUGAUAAAACAACAUAGAUAUUCCAGUGUGUGAAGUGAUUGUUUUAGUGUAUGCUUCUGUGCUAGGUGUACUAAAAUUUUCCCACCUCGCACUCCGACAACCUGAAGGUAGACAACUUUCUUAACGUGUUGGCAGUGCUGUGCAUGGGAAAAUUGACUUGUUUUCACACUAGAAAUUGAAUAAAACAGCUGACUUUGUUUUGCAA